AUGACAGAGUCCCUCACCUCUACGUACUGUUGUCAGUCAAGCUCAGGAGAGCUGUAUGAUGUGGUGCAGUUAGAGGCCAAAGAGAAGAAGAAGACCGGUGGGGUCAGUGUCCGAGCCCUGAGAAGUUACUGGGACCAGCAGAACGAACAGAAGAAUGACCAACACCAACAGAAUGACCAUCAAAAGGACCAUCACAAUGACCCACGGAAUGACCCACGGAACGACCCAUGGAACGACCCACGGAACGAGCAGCACCAAUGGAAUGACCUGCCGCCAACUAGGCAGCCCCCUGCAGUGCCACCCGUGCUGCCGCCCAAAACCAACAACAGGAAGUUGACAUCAACAGUAUCCAUUGGCAGGAAGUCCCUCCCACAGCAAGCAGUACCUCCAGUCCCAAGGCGAGGCCCACCUCUGACCCACUCUCUGAGUGGAACCUUGUCUGACAAGAGCACGUCUCAAACCCAAUACGCUGAGAUACAUCAUGACCAAACCAAGACCACAUCUCACGGUCAAACCCAAUACGCUGAGAUACAUCAUGAUCAAACCAAGACCACAUCUCACGGUCAAACCCAAUACGCUGAGAUACAUGCUAACCACAACAAGACCACAUCUCACGGUCAAACCCAAUACGCUGAGAUACAUGCUAACCACAACAAGACCACAUCUCACAUUCAAACCCAAUACGCUGAGAUACAUGCUAACCACAACAAGACCACAUCUCACUUUCAAACCCAAUAUGCAGAAAUACAUAAUGACCAAACCAAGACCAAAUAUCACGGUCAAACCCAAUACGCAGAAAUACACACGAACCAGAACAAAGUGGAGAGACUGGCCAGUACUGGGAGUCUGAACCAGAGGAGGAGCACCGGUCCCUGGUCCUUCAACAACACCUCCACAGCAGCAGGAGGAGUCAUGUACUCUGAGCUGACCCUGCCAGAUGGACGAAGCCGCUCUCUACCCCGCCUGGACGACGCCACGGAGGAGGAGGAGGAGGAGGAGGAGGAGGGGUACUCCGACAGGAUAACCAUCCCUUGCUUCCCCAACACCUCUCACUCCCCCAAUCCCCCCAAGAGGGUCACCUGCCACGCCUACUCUCUUCAGGAGCCCAGGGAAAGCCCCCGGCCACGGAUCCACGGUGUACCACAAAGCCUGGAUCAGCUGAGCACCAACCCACUGUACCAGGCCUCUGUCGGGCUUGGUGAGGGCCGCGACACCCCCUGGAAGGUACCACAGAGGCAGAGAGAAGGGGACCGUGGCAGAAAUCCCCAGGAUCAGACUACCCAACAGGAGGAGAGUAUGUAUGCAGAGGUUCCAGAGGGGCCAUCUCCUCCCCGUCAUCUGAUUACUGACAACACCUAUGAGCAGAUCCCAGGGGACGGUGGCCUAAAUGGGACACAAAGCACAGCCACAGACCAGGAGGGAAACACCUAUGAGAUGCUGGAGAACCUGAAGUCCAAGGAGUCUACUUGGGGCAAGAAGAAUAUCACAUGGAGAAAAUUAUUCCCUGAAUACAAGAAGAAAUAGCAGCACCCUGCAGAUUCAGCAACAAACCAAUCAGCACCCUGCAGAUUCAGCAACAAACCAAUCAGCACCCUGCAGAUUCAGCAACAAACCAAUCAGCACCCUGCAGAUUCAGCAACAAACCAAUCAGCACCCUGCAGAUUCAGCAACAAACCAAUCAGCACCCUGCAGAUUCAGCAGGAAGACAAUUCUUUGGUCAAUGUUAUUGUAUUUAGGAAAUGUGUAGACAGACUGGUGUUAUCUCUGUGUUAAAUGUGUUUUAUUAGCAAAUAUAAAUUACAUGCAUUUUCCCUUAUCUCCACAUUGAUUGUACUUGGAAAUUGGAACUCAAUCUGUCUUGAGC